CAAACACCAAUCGCCACUGCGCACCAAACCAACCGGCAUGGCAAAGCAUUCAGGGGGCUUGCUGCUUCUGAUGAUCCUGUCCUCCUUCAUGUCCAUUUCGACCCUCCUGGCCGCAGAAGCCGACGACGGGGCCACUUUGCUCGCCUUCAAGGCUGCAGCAAUCGGUGGUGCUGGCAACGGUGCCGCGCUUGCUUCAUGGAACGGUAGCACCAGCGGAUACUGCAACUGGGAGGGGGUGAGGUGCCGCGGCAGGCACCGACGAGUGGUGGCACUGAGCCUGCCUUCCCACAGGCUUACCGGCAUCCUCUCACCAGCAGUUGGCAACCUGUCAUCCCUCAGGUUUCUCAAUCUAAGCUCCAACGGGUUCAGUGGGAGCAUCCCUGCGAGCCUUGGCCGCCUGCACCGCCUCCAUACUCUCGACCUGAGCGACAAUGCAUUCUCCGGUGAGAUCCCUGUCAACCUGAGCUCUUGUACCAGCCUAAUGGUCAUGGACAUCAGCUUGAACCAGCUUCAUGGACAUGUGCCAUCUGAGAUUGGCAACAAACUGACAAGCCUUAGUAUAUUAAGCCUAAGAAGAAACAACCUCACCGGAGCCAUCCCGGUGUCACUGGCCAACUUAUCAUCACUUACAAUCUUGGACCUCCCACUUAACCAGCUAGAGGGCACCAUCCCUCCUGGGUUCGGCAACAUUGUGGGCCUCUAUUACCUCUGCCUCGCCUUCAACAACCUCUCUGGCGAGCCUCCAGUUUCACUGUACAAUUUAUCUUCAUUGAAAAUGUUGCAGAUCCAAGAAAAUAUGCUCCGGGGUAGCAUUCCUACCGAUAUUGGCACCAGGUUCCCCAGAAUGGUGAUUCUUUGUUUUGGUAUCAAUGAUUUCACUGGAUCCAUCCCUACUUCACUCUCCAACCUCACUGAACUCGAGGUGCUCGACCUCCAUGACAAUUGGCUCACUGGAUAUGUGCCUCACAUGCUGGGGAGAUUACAAGAUCUUCAACGUGCAGACUUGGGUACCAACAUGCUAGAAGCAGACAACAGGGAGGGGUGGGAAUUUAUCACUGCGAUGUCAAACUGCAGCCAGCUCCAACAGUUAUUUAUUAACGACAAUGAUGCUUUCACAGGGAAGAUGCCAAUUUCAAUAGUGAACCUCUCAACAACCAUGCAAAUACUCAACGUCCAGGACACUAGGAUCUCGGGGAGUAUCCCCUCAGCCAUUGGAAAUUUGGUCAACCUCAACUUCCUCAAUGCAAGCAAUACUUUCAUAUCAGGAGUGAUUCCAGAUAGCAUUGGCAAGCUAGUACACUUGGGCGAGCUCUGUCUCCACAACACUAACCUGUCAGGGCAAAUACCUUCAUCUAUUGGAAAUAUCUCAAUGUUGACUUUUCUUGAUGCACACCGUUGCAACUUGGAGGGACCAAUUCCAUCAAGCAUAGGGAAGUUAAAGAAUCUGUUAGCCCUUGAUCUGUCGAUGAACCGCCUGAAUGGUUCAAUUCCCAAAGACAUUUUCAACCUACCAGUCCUUUCAAGUAACUUGGACUUAUCGUAUAAUUCACUCUCAGGACCACUUCCGUCUGAAGUUGGUAGCUUGGGAAAUCUUAACAACCUUUUCUUAUCUGGAAACCAAUUGUCUGGUGUGAUACCUGAUGGUAUUGGGGACUGCACCAUUCUGCAACGACUUUGGUUGGACAAUAACUCAUUUGAGGGAAGCAUACCUCAAUCUCUCAGUAAUCUGAAGGGUCUCAAUGAGCUGAAAUUGUCUAUGAAUAACCUGUCUGGUAAGAUUCCUGAUGCCAUUGGUAGCAUCCGCAACCUGCAACGACUGUAUCUGGCACACAACAACUUGUCAGGGCCCAUCCCAUCAGCUCUGCAGAAUUUGACAUCAUUGUCAGUGUUGGAUCUGUCCUUCAACAAUCUGCAAGGAGAAGUGCCAAAAGGAGGAAUUUUCACAAACUUUGUGAACAUGUCAGUCACUGGAAAUAAUAAGCUUUGUGGUGGAAUUCCUCAGCUUCAUCUAGCACCAUGUCAGACAAACUCUGUGAAAAAGAACAGAAGAGGACACAUGAAGUCUCUCACCCUAGCUCUUGCAGUAACCAGUGCACUCUUAUUAUUAGCUUUUGUUGUUGUACUCACUCAUUUGUUCCGUAAGAAGCUACAACAAAAGCAGAAGAGCCCAUUUCAACCACAAAGAGUUGAUGACCAGUUUGCAAGAAUUUCUUAUCACGCAUUAGCAAAUGGAACCAAUGGAUUUUCAGAAGCCAAUUUGCUUGGUAAAGGAAGCUUUGGGUCUGUCUAUAAAUGCACUCUUGAAGGUGAUGGAACUAUUACUGCCGUAAAGGUUUUUAAUCUUGAACAAUCUGGAUCUACUAGAAGUUUUAUGGCUGAAUGUGAGGCACUGAGAAGGGUGCGCCACCGUUGUCUUCUAAAGAUCAUCACCUGCUGCUCAAGUGUCAAUCAUGAAGAUCAAGAGUUCAAGGCACUCAUUUUUGAGUUCAUGCCCAAUGGUAACUUAAAUGUUUGGCUUCAUCCACAAUCUGAUUUGCGCACUCUAAACAAUACGCUCAGCCUAGCACAAAGGCUCAAUAUUGCCGUCAAUAUAAUGGAUGCAUUGGAUUACCUUCAUAAUCGCUGUCAACCACCAAUCAUUCACUGCGAUCUCAAGCCAAGCAAUAUCCUUCUUGCAGAAGACAUGAGUGCCCGAGUUGGAGACUUUGGUAUAUCAAGAAUCCUUCUAGAAAGUGAUAGCAAAUCCCUACAAAAUUCGAGUAGCACAAUUGGAAUAAGAGGUUCCAUUGGUUAUGUUGCUCCAGAAUAUGGUGAAGGUUCUUCCGUAUCAACUCUUGGUGAUGUUUAUAGCCUCGGCAUAUUGCUGCUUGAGAUGUUUACAGGAAGGAGCCCAACAGAUGAUAUGUUCCGAGGUUCAUUGGAUUUGCACACGUUUGCAGAGGAUGCCCUUCCAGAGAGAAUAUGGGAGCUAGUUGAUCCUACAAUGAGCAUGCAUAUAGAUAUCUAUAACAGCACUUCAAGAAGUCGAAUUCAGAAUUGCUUGUUUUCUGUUGUUGCACUUGGAAUAUCAUGCUCAAAGAAACAACCUAGAGAGCGGAUACCGAUAAGGGAUGCAAUGAUUGAGAUGCAUGCUAUAAGAGAUGCUUACGUUAAGGCUGCACAGUCUCAAGGUGGAUAAUGGAGUAGCAGAAAGUCUGCAGUGAUUUGCAACAACAGUGAAUAAGCUGAAAAUGGGCAAGGUCCAUGCAGGUGGUCACUUAUCUGAAAUUAUUGAAGAUUGUAGGAUGCUUCAAUCAUUUGUUCCCCAGCAAUCUUCAUUUGUUUACAUCAGAUACAUGUAAGUUUAAAUGACGCCUAGUAAAUGUGUAAACCAAACAAAUCCACAGUUGUUAGUAAAACUCUUUAUUUUUGUAGAGGACACAGUAAGAUGUAGAGUCAAAAUAGAAAGUACAGCCAAUCCCCU